CAGAACUUGGUUCCAAAAAUCUACACAGAUGAGAGGAGGAAAACCCUAUUUUAAAAAAUAAGAACUGGACAGACAAAACAGACAAAAGGACAACCUAGAAAUCUUCUGUUUCAACCACCUGCUUUGGGGUGAGCCUGAGACAAUGGAUAUUUAUCUCAAGGGCAGGCAAGUUUUAAUGUUUUUUCUUUAUCUCUGCAUGUAUGCAGCAAUGUAUGAAUCCAUUAUGUAUUCAGUACCUGAGGAAACGAAAACUGGAUUCUUGAUAGCUAACGUAUUAAAAGAUUUGAAAGUGGAUGUUAAGGAGCUUUCUACUCGAAAAGCCCAGCUGAGAUCUAAGGAUCCCAAACAGUAUUUUCAUCUGGAUCCUAAUACUGGGGAUGUGACAGUAAAGAAUAACAUUGAUCGGGAGGCUCUGUGUGGUCAGAAUGACCCUUGUGUUCUACUCUCUGAAAUUGUGCUGGAAAAUCCAUUGCAGCUAUACAGAAUUGACGUUGAAAUAGAAGAUGUGAAUGAUAACUCACCCAAAUUCUCCAAAACAGAAUUCUUUUUUGAAUUACCUGAGCUGGUUUCUACCAACACCCGUUUGCCCUUGGAAAAAGCUGAAGAUUCAGACAAAGGAGAAAAUUCUGUUCAGAACUACAUACUUAGUCCUAAUGAAUAUUUUAGGCUAGACAUACAAAACAACAGUGAUGGUAGUAAAUAUGCAGAAUUGGUACUGGAGAAACCAUUAGAUCGUGAAAACGUUUCACAGCUGAUUUUAAUGGUGUCAGCUGUAGAUGGAGGCUUUCCAGUCAGAACUGGCACAACGCAAAUAGUUAUUGAUGUUCUAGACAUCAAUGAUAACUAUCCUCAUUUUCAACAAACAGUUUACCAAGUGAAAUUAAGGGAAAACGAACAGUUGGAUACUCUUGUCGCUAAAGUGGAAGCCAGUGACAGAGACAUUGGAUCCAAUGCUCAUAUUACAUAUUCUUUCAGCCAAACGCCAGAAGGACCACUAAGAUCAUUUAAACUAAACAGAAAUACUGGAGAAAUUACUCUUGUAGGGAAAAUUGAUUAUGAAGAAAACAGUAAUUAUGAACUGAACAUCAAAGCCACAGAUGGAGGAAGACUCUCUGCUUAUUGUAAGGUCCUUGUGAAUAUUGAGGAUGAGAAUGACAAUGCCCCGGAAGUGAUCAUAUCAUCUGUGACCAACCUUUUACCAGAAGACUCUCCCCCAGAAACAGUAGUGGCCGUCUUCAGUGUCACAGACCAGGACGCUGGGGACAAUGGCAGAACUACUUGUGACAUUGAUUCAAACCUACCCUUUAUGCUAAAACCCACUGAGAACAAUUAUUACCAGCUUGUGACCCACUGGCCAUUGGACAGAGAACAAGUGUCAGAAUAUAACAUUACCAUUACGGCCACUGACCAAGGCUCUCCCAGACUUACUUCAAUGAGAAUUGUUCACAUUCAAAUUUCAGAUGUUAAUGACAACCCUCCGGUAUUUGAAAGAUCUUUCUAUGAUUUCCACUUACGAGAAAAUAACAUUCCAGGUCUGCUCAUUGGGUCAGUCCAUGCAGUUGAUCUGGAUGCAGAGCAGAACGCCCAAGUGACUUACUUGCUUUUCCUUGGAAAGAUCAGGGAAGGGCCUGUAUCAUCUUACAUCUCCAUCAACUCUGAAACUGGGAACUUGUAUGCUGUUCGAUCUAUAGAUUAUGAGGACAUACAAGACUUCCAGGUGACGGUGAGGGCUGUAGAUAAAGGCUCUCCUCCACUGAGCUCACAAACAAUGGUCCGAGUUCUUAUCACAGAUGAAAAUGACAAUGCCCCCUUCAUCCUCUGCCCACUUCAGAACAGCACUUCUCCAUCAAGUGAUCUGGUUCCCAGGGCAGCAGAGACAGGCUACCUGGUCACCAAAGUGGUGGCAGUGGACAGAGAUUCGGGGCAGAAUUCUUGGCUUUCCUAUCAGUUGCUGAAGGCCACAGAUCCAAGUCUCUUCACUGUGGGGACUCAGAACGGGGAAGUGAAGACCACGAGGCCGGUGACCAACCGCGAUAGUUUCAAACACACUCUUGUUGUGGCAGUUAGAGAUAAUGGCCGUCCUCCUCAGUCUGUCUCUGCCACACUGAGAAUUCUUCUAGUGGAUGGCUUCUCAGAUCCUUACAUGAAAAUUAUGGAUAAUCCUAAGGGUGAAGUCCCACAGGAGGGAGAUGAUACCCUGACAAUGUAUUUGAUUAUCUGCUUGGUCGUCAUCUCAUCCAUUUUCCUCCUUUCUGUCAUGGUGUUUAUUGCAACCAAGUUUCAGAAACGACAGAAAUUAAUAGGAACCUCUGCAUCUAAUUUCCCUGCGGGACAGAAUUUGCAAGAGAACUGUGGAGAUCCUAGUUCUGACACAUAUUGUCAGGCCUACAAUUAUGAGGUGUGUUUAGCUGGUGGGUCCUUGAAUAGUGAGUUCAGAUUUCUCAGGCCUCUGUUUCCUGUUUUUUCAAUGGAUCCUACUUACACCCAAGUGAAUCCAAGGAAUUCAACAGGUUCUCAUGAAACCAAAGCUCAUGUCAAGGAAGGUGAACUGAUGUCCCAGGUGAGAAUAGUAUUAAAACUUUUCCAACAGUUUUACAGUUUAAAUUUCUAAU